CAGAGCCUGCUGGGACCUGAACCAGGGAUGAGAUUUUUAUAAUACAGUAUUGUCUGCAUCUCCAUACGAAGUCGAAAGAAAAAAAGUUCAAUCUAUCCCAAUUAGCGAUAACAAAUUUUAGACCACUUGAAUCACUGUUGUUAACAUUCAAAGAGCAUCAGAAAAUAGUCUCUUGGUCUAAGCUGCUUGAGUGGACUGAUCCAACUAUAAUUACGAGCAAAAUCCUGAAGCACUGCUAAAGGGAGUUAAAUACACAGACAUUGGUGGCUGACCUGACUUUACCAUGGAACCUGAGGAUUUUGAUUCUGAGGACAAAGAGAUAUUAAGCUGGGAUAUCAAUGAUGUAAAACUGCCACAGGAUGUGAAAAAGAUAGACUGGUUCCAAGAAUGGCCGGAUUCCUACGAGAAGUACAUCUACAGCUCGGAGGACAGGAGCGCGCAGAGGCACCUGAGCAGCUGGGCCAUGCGCAACACCAACAACCACAACUCGCGCAUCCUCAAGAAGUCCUGCCUGGGCGUGGUGGUGUGCAGCCGCGACUGCUCUGCCAAGGAGGGCCGCAAGAUCUACCUGAGGCCUGCGAUCUGCGACAAGGCCCGGCAGAAGCAGCAGAGAAAACUCUGUCCCAACUGCGAUGGGCCCCUGAAGCUCAUUCCUUGCCGAGGCCACGGGGGCUUCCCGGUCACCAACUUCUGGAGGCAUGAAGGACGCUUCAUAUUUUUCCAGUCAAAGGGAGAACACGAUCAUCCAAAGCCAGAAACCAAAAUGGAAGCCGAGGCAAGAAGAACAGUAAAGAAAGUGCAGGUGGCAUCUUCCUCCGUCUCCUUGAAGCUGAACAGGGCCCCAGAGGCAAAGGUAACCUUUCCCCAUGUGUGUUCAGAACCAGACGGCAACUCGCCACCCCUGUGGUGGGGCAGUAGAUUUCUCCAGCCCCUUACCUACAAAACAGUCAAGACCAAAGCCCUUGACAUUUCCCCCAAGACUGCCCAGCUGAUGAAGGUGGUCACUAUCAGAAGGGGGAUGAAGACACCAGGCUCAGUAGCAAAUGAGACCCCGCAGGAGCCUCACUUGGGGAUUCCCCAGGCCGGCUGGUCUUAUGACUUCUCCCCUCCCCAGAAUGCUUUAGAUCCCCUUUCUCAGCAGAUUCCAGUGGAACCACCUUCAGCCAAAACUGGCUGUCUCCCGUUAUGGCCAAGUCCAGGGCCGGAUCUCUAUGAAGAGAAGGUGCAUAUGGAGUUUAACAGCUACUACCCUCCCCCUACGUGCCAUUCGCCUCAGGAAGACCCCUUUCUCUUUAGCUAUACCUCUUAUCCUCACCAUCAGUAUUCGCUUCCAGGCAAGAGCAGCAAAUGGAAUUUUGAUGAAGAAAUGAGGUACAUGGGUCUGGAUCACUACAACAACGAAAUGCUUCUCAACCUGUCCUUUAAGAUGAACCCAAUCUGAACCCUUGUGCACGGUUCGUACAUAUGUGAUUUGGUGCAGUCACUAUGGAGAAACAGUAUGGAGGUUCCUCAAAAAAUUAAAACUACCACAUGGUCCAGCAAUCCACUUCUGGAUAUGCGUAUGUCCAAAGGAAACAGAAUCACCAUCUUGAAGGGAUAUCAGCACCCCAUGUUCAUUGCACCAUUCUUGACAACAGGCAACACGUGGAAACUACUUAAUGUCCACUGAUGGAUGAAUGGAUAAAGAAGUUGUGGUACAAAUAUAAAUAAUGGAACACUAUUUAGCCAUAAAAUAGAAGGAAAUCCAGCCAUUUGCUACAAUAUAGAUGGACUGUAAGGGCAUUAUGCUAAGUGAAAUAGGUCAGACAGAGAAAGACGAAUACUAUAUAAUUUCACUAGAUGUGGAAACUUAAAAAAGAAAAAACCAAAUUCUAGAAACAGAGGUCAGAUUUGUGGUUUCCAGAGGCAGAAAGAAGGUAAGGGGAAGGGUUGGAUAAUUGGGUAAAUAUAAAUUUAUCUUCUAGAUGAAAGCCUAUAAUCAGAUCAUGUUUUGAAAAUCUUGUUUCCCAGUUAUUGUACCCUAUUUAAUCAAUGGCCACAAAGAUUUUCUCCUAUGUUUUCUUCUAGCAGCUUUAUAUUUUUAGCUCUUACAUUUAGGCGAGCGUUCCAUGUCUCAUUGAUUUUUGUGCAUGGUAUAAGGUAACCAGGGUUGAAUUUCAUUUUAGUUUUACAUGUGGAAAUGGUCUCAGCACCAUUUGUUGAAGCACAAGUUUUUAUCACAAUCUCUGGUUAACUGACUAUCCAGAAUCGCUGCUUUUAUGACUGCUCACAGGUAGGCUAUUUGGUAUACUAUAAUUCCAUUUCCUUUUUUAGACAACAGUUUGUUUCUCCUGGAGUUGAUAAUUGUCUCAUCCCAUUGCUUAAUUUCCUUUAUAACUAACAAUAGUUUAUCCUCAAAUACUGCCCAACCAUAAGAGUCCUUUUGUUUAUAGUAAUUCAUAUUUUCCUUAAAGAAAGUCCUUCUGGAACUUUCCAUUUCUCCUCAAAUGUGGACAGAUUGCUCUCUAAUCCUGCUGCUCUGCUGCCAUGCUGUUUCUCUUCACCAUCAUCGUUGUACCUUCUUUCCUCUCCUUUCUCUGGGAUUCCAUACCUUUUUUCCUUCUUGGUACAUU